UAUCUGGGUGUUAUUUUCGAUCACAAUCUGAAUUGGCGUUCCCAUUUGAGUUCCGCUCUGAAGAAAGUUGCACGAAAAUUAGGCGUUUUAUACAGGUCAUUCAAAUUACUCAAUGUUCCUGCUCGUGUGGCGUUUGUGCGAUCGAUUAUUCAACCGGAUCUUGACUACUGUUCUUCUAUUUGGAAUGAUGGUUCUGCUAGUAUUUCGGAUAGGCUUCAGAGAAUCGAAAAGAGAUGUCUACGAGCCCUCGAUGGUCGUCGUGGUAGGGAGCCCACUGGUAAUAUUUCACCUAUCCUUGCAAAAUUUGGCCCGAGCACCUGCAAGACACGUCAUGCUUUCUACUUAGGAUUUCUAGCUCAUCGUGGUUUCUAUUCGCUGGCUCCCAGCGAAAUUUGUUUUCGAUUCGAGAAGGCGGACAUCAGCAGCACGUAUGGCACGCGUCUCUCAGCGUCAGGAGUCAUCCUCUCACGGCCGCACACUGAAGCCCUGUGCCGUACCUUCUUCUAUCGGGCCCAGUGUUUCUGGAACUUGCUCGGUUCCUCAUUGAGAACAAUUUCAAAUAGAGUAGUGUUUAGAUAUCGUCUAAGGAACUAUAUCUGUAUGCUUGAUUAGAUUUAGUGUAAUUAAUAGUGUAAAUAGUUUCUUGUAAGCACAGUUCCUGGAAGAUCGGCCACUGUGUCGAGGGAUGCCCGUGGUAAA